AUCCUUUUUGUUCCCUCGACCGUUUAGGGUUUAGCCACAGUCGGUUAGUAACAACAAAGAUGAGCAGCUCCUCUAGAGAAUACUCUCCAGAUUGGCUUCGUAAUCUCCAGGCACCACCGACAACAUCAAUUUUGACAUUGUCCUCCAGUUCUGAAUCUAUUCCUGGUGUAAGUGAGGACGAGAAAGAUGAUCAAUUACCUAUAAGCUCCGUCAUUAAGAAAACAUCACAAGUCAAGUCUCCAAAUAAAAAGCUCAAUACAAAGAGGAACAGCCUUAGUGAAAAUGAAGCUAGCAAGAGAAAUACAAGAUUUGCAGUGGGAAAAGCUCCAGAGAAAGCUACCAAACCUCAAGAAUCUAAAAGUUCAGUUUGGACAUUGUCAUCUGAUUCCGAGCACGAGUUGUCUGAGCCGGAAACAGGUCAACAUCCAAAAGAGGAGGAUAAGGAUGAUGAUGUUUUAGACAAUGUUGAGGAAUCUUCACUUAAAGGAGUUUCAACAGUGAAAUCUCCUAAGAAGAGGCUAAGGUUGGAAGAUAUGGUACCUACGGAUACAAAAGGGACGAGUCUGACAAAACAAGAGAAUGAUGGCAACAUAAAGGUUUUAGAAAGAGAAACAACUGAGAAGCAAACCGGGCCUUAUAUUUCAUCUUCGAGGUUGCCUUUGGUACUUGCUGAUAAAGUCCAACGUUCGAAGGCACUUGUGGAGUGUGAAGGUGAAUCCAUUGAUCUAAGUGGUGAUUUGGGCUCUGUUGGGAGGGUGGUCAUAUCAGAUUCCCCAUCUGGCAAUCAAGAUAUAUUUUUGGAUUUGAAAGGAACUAUCUACAAAACAACAAUAAUACCUUCAAGAACUUUCUGUGUUGUUAGCUUUGGCCAGUCAGAAGCAAAGAUAGAAGCAAUCAUGAAUGACUUCAUUCAGCUGAAGCCACAAUCAAAUGUCUAUGAAGCAGAAACCAUGGUCGAAGGAACCUUGGAAGGUUUUUCAUUUAAUUCUGAAGAUGAAGCUGAUAAUGAUACCAUUCGUCAAACUGAGGAUAAUGAGGGUUCUGAGCCACAUACCAAUGGAAAAGGCAGGGGAAAAGCUGAGAAGAUAUCUGGAUCAGCAAGAAAGAAGGGAAAAACAGCUGUGAAAAAGCCAGCAAAGAAGGUUAAAAGGAAAGCUCCAGCUGCAAAGAAAACCAAGACAAAAAAAUGAGGGACGUCACAGUUGUCAUGGAUGCAAUCAACUGAUUUGUAUUAAACCUGUUAUCCCAGAUAAUUGAAGUGUGGGAGUGUAGCCUAGCCUAUUAUGAUUUCUGGCAAAUUUAUGAUGAAGAAAAUGAAGGACACACAUGCAUCCUUCAUGUCUUGUGGUUUCGUUGGUUUAAUUUUCAAUCCUUGUGUUUACUAACCUCUUUAUCACCCCCUAUUGUGUAAAAGGGGUUUACCAAAAAAAGAUUGUCCUAUUACCAGAAAUCCA